AUGUUGACUCGCGCCGUUGUCAAUCCCUGCGACCUUGCGCUCUCCUCUCUCCCCUGCUGCUCGGCUCGCGCGUUCUCCCCUCCCCCCACCGCGGCUCUCGUCGCGCGGCCGUGCGGCGAGUCCGCCGCCAAGCCAUGGCGACUUCCCUUCAGCGAUUCUCCGAAACGGUAUGGCGGUCGAGCCGCGACCAAGUCGCGGGUCCGCGUGCUGCCGCGCGCUAGUGCGACCCGCCAGCAGCCGCUUCAAAACCAGCAGAGCCCGCAAACGCCGGAGCCGGGGGAGAUUCAAUUCACCGCCGAGCGCACCGUCUUAAUUCCCUGCCCGCAGGUUCGCGUGCCGGCCGCGGGUCCUGGAGCAGCCGCCGGCAGCGCGGAACGGCCAGCCGUUAGGGCUGCCGGCAGCGUUGCCGGUGACGGGCAGAUAGUGAGCGUGGACGAGUACUUGGGGGAGAAUACGGAGCGGAUAGUGCGCGUGGUGUUUCCGGACUCGAAGCGUCUGAUGCGGCUGGAUGCGGACCUAUGGCGGAUUUCAAUGCUGCAGCUGACGUUCUUUAGUAUAACAGCCACGCCGAUUUGCAUUCUAAGAGUGUACCACGACGGCACAUCUCUCCUGAACCUGGCCUUUGCCGUGCGGCUGCCCAUGCCACUCUCGCUGAUUCCCAGGCCUGCGGUAGAGGCGGUGGGGAAUGCGCUCCUGGACGGGGUUUUAGCUGUGAUGCAGGCCAGUCUUCUCAAUGGGCUAGUGAAGGAUUAUACGCUGUGGGCGACGGAAGAGGCGCAGAGGAGAGCGGGUGGUGGGGGAGAAGGUGUGGACGGAGGAUACGGGGAUCGGGACAGGGGAAGGGAGAGGGAAAGGGGGGGAGAACUGGACAGGUACCGGGACGCGGAGAGGGACGGCGGGGGAAGGGGCCAUGCGGGGGAUAGGGGGGCGGGGGGACGGCGCGACGGCGGAGAGCGUCAGCAGCGCCAGGAGCGUCGGGAGAGAGAGGGAUCGGAUGCGGUGCCGGCGCUGUACUCGAUUCACCGUGCGACGGUGCACUCGAUUCGGCCGUUCGGCAUGUUCGUGCGGCUGGAAGGGUAUCGCAAGCACGGCCUCGUGCACCUGUCGCACGUGUCUGACUAUGAGGUGGCUAAGCGGGACGACACAGACGACGCAAAGGUGGAGGCUCUUAAAGGCGUGGCGGCAGAGGGCGAGCAGGUCUGGGUCAAGGUAAUUAGUCUUAAAGACGAGACCGGCGCUGACGUCAUCGACACGACGCCGGGCCUUCCAGGCUCGGCAAACAUUCGGAUCGGGUGCUCCAUGAAGGUGGUCGCUCAAACGGACGGUGCGGAUCGCGACCCGAGUAAUCAACGGAUAGGAGGCGGGCAGGGCGGCGGCAGCAAGUGGAAAGCGCCGGUGAAAUUGGAGCUAGAAGCAGUGUUGAAUGUUACGUGCACGCGGUGUGGCGGGCAGGGGCACUUAAAGACGGAGUGCUAUGGGCCUGUGGGCGCGAGCUAUGAGCUCCUGGCUGAUGAUGCUGGGGAGGAGAGGAUAGGGGUGGACGGAGGAGGGGACGGGGCGGGUGUUGCGAGAGGCGGUGGGAGGGGUGGUGGUGGCGGUGGUGGUGGUGGGUUGCUGGGAGCUGGUGGUGUGGGGAGAGGGGAGUUUGGGGAAAGAGGGAGGGAUGCAGGAGGAGGGGGGGAUGGGGGGAGACGGGGAAUGGAUGUGCCUCAUGUGGACCUGAGGGGGAGGGGGAGAGGGCUGGCGAUGACUCAGCCUGCGUGGAUGACAGCUCAGCAGAAAGGGAUGCCGAUAGGUGGGGUGAUUGGGGAUGGUUCUGGGCUUGUGGGGGGUGUGAGAGACGAGGAAGGGCGUGUUGAUGGCGUGGCACAGGAAGGAGAGGAGAGGGGAGGGGAGAAGAGGGACAGAAAGGGAGAGAGGGAGGAGAGGAGGCGGGAGAAAGAGCGGAAACGAGAGGAGAAGGCGAAGGAGAAGGAGAAGGGAUUGGGGAUAGGGAGUGUGGAAGAUGCGUUGAGGAUUAUUGAAGAGAUGAAGAGGGAGAAGAAGGAGAGGAGGGAGAGGAAGAAGGCACGGAAGGAGGCCAAGAGGGAAAGGAGGAAGAGGAGAGGGGGUGAUGGUAGUAGCAGCUCUGAUAGCAGUGGGAGUGAGAAGAAGCGAGAGAGGAGGAGGAAACGGAGGAGGAAGGAGGAGAGCAGCAGCGAGAGUGAAGGGAGUAGUGGUUCUAGUGAUGAUGAUCGGAAGCGGAAGGAGCGAAGGAGCCACAGAGACAGAGACAAGAAGAGGGGAUCUCGACGGCACAAGAGGGAUGCCAGCAUCAUGCUGGAUGUGGCGGCGGGAAUCGAAGAAGGCAUGGAGAGCGGAAGGGGAUGGGAGGAUCUGCUCCAGAGGAGCCAGCAGCAGCUCUCGCGAUUCGCCGCAACAGAGUCCGAAUUCCCGCCCAUUCAGAGGAGUUUGGACCAGUUGGAGGCGCUGUCGCAGCAGCUGAGGGCGCGCACGUCGCGCUUGGAUGCUGUCACCGAGACCAACGCCGCCACGCGGCUGUUGGCGCGCGAGGGCAUCAACGCGGAGCAGCUCACCAAGGACCUGCGCUCAGUGCACCUCAAGACGACCUUUGAGGAUGUGUUACCAGUGGAUGCGGGCAGCGUAGAGGAAUACCUCACCCAGGUGCACGAGAUGAGUCUGGUGAUGGCGGUGCAGGCAGCAGUGCGGGAGAACACGGCUUCCUUCGACUCAUUCAUGGCUUGGGCCAUUCAGGACGACUGGCAGCGAGACAAGCGCGACCUGCUGCACGGCCUCACCCGCCUCAACCCCUCCUCCUUCCCCUCGUCUUUCUCCACUGGUGCCGCUGCUGCUGGUGGUGUUGGUGCUGCUGGUGUUGGUACUGGUGCUGCUGGUGUUGGUGCUGGUGCUGCUGGUGGGAUUGCUGGUACGCCUGGGAAGGGCCUUGGGCAGCAGCGGUUCCUCUCUGCGCUGUCCCCUCGAGCAGCUGCUGCUGCUGCUGCUGCUGCUGCGGCUGCCUCUCCUGCGGGGUUUGUGUCGCCUGGGGGGGACAGGAGAGCGGUGGGAGAGGCGAGGGAGGUGGCCUACGCGCAGGUGGUGGGGGAGUUGAAUGCUGCUGCUGAGCAAGGCGUGGUGCUCAAGGUGGCAACGGCAAUGGCAGCGGCGUAUGAGAGGGCGACAGGGGGGGAGGUGAGGGGCGAGGAGCAGCAGUCCGUUGGCACGAGGCAGAUCUGGCAGCUGGUGCAGAGUCUAUUGGGGGAGGACGAGCAGCAGCAGUCAGGGGCGUCUCUAUCACCCUCACCAUCGUCAUCAGCAGCACCUUUCCUGCGGGGGGACCGGAUGAGCAUGGUGGUGGGGGCAAGGCGGCAUCUGGAGAAGGGGCAUGCGCAGUACAUGCUCAAUGUGAUCCAGUCCCACCCCAACGAGGCAUCACUGGGCGGCUCCACAGGCAGUCUGCACCGCGUGCGGGCCUUCCUCAGGGUGCGGCUGCGGGAUCAGGGCCCUCUGGACUUUGAUGCCACGCCCACUACUCGUCUGCCUCCCCUCGACACUACGUGGCACCAGAUCUUCUACUGUCUGCGUUCGGGUUUCACCAACGAUGCCCUGCACGUCGCACAGAACUCCCGCUCUGCGCGUGCCUUUGCCCCCUUGCUUGCCACGUGGCUCUCAUCCAACGGCUCGAUCGACCCCGCCACCUCCGCAGCAGCAGCAGACGAGUGCGACCGCAUGGCGCGCACCGCAUCCCACUCCUCCCUAUCCCGCCCAGGAUCCUCCUUCACAGGAGCAGCAGCAGGGGGAGCAACCGGGGGCGUAGACCGCCGCAAAUUCCUCCUCUACGUCCUCAUCUCAGGCCGGAAAGCCUUAGCAGACAGGCUACUCCGGGAAGCCCCGUCCCUCUUCCCAACCAUAGAAGAUUUCAUGUGGUUCCAUCUUGCUAUCUUGCGCCAAGCCGACCCCUCCCCUCGCUCCCAAGCCUCCCCUUCCGGCCUCUCGUUUCCCGGCCGAGAUGGCGGCGGGUGGAUGGGUGGGUUCGGGGGCGCUUCGAGCGCCGACGCUGCUUCUGCUUCUGCCGCCGCUGCUGCUGCUGCUGCUGCUGCUGCUGCUGCAAACUCUGGGGUGUAUUGUACCCUGGAGAAUCUACAGGCCUACCUCUCCCGCUUCGACGCGUCAUAUUACACCAAGAACGGCAAAGACCCGCUGGUCUACCCGUACGUGCUGCUGCUGAGCCUGCAGCUGCACGCAGCAGUGGUAUACCAUCUAGAGAGUAUUGAUGUGGUGGACGCAGUUCACCUUGGGAUUGCCGUGGCGCACUCGGGAGGCUUGCAGUUGGCGAUGCGAGGCGGGGCGGGCGGAGGAGGAGGGGGAGGGGGAGCGAGGGGGGACGGCGCGGACGGGGGAGCGGGAGCGGGAGGGGGAGGGGGAGCAGGGGCUGUUGUUGAUGCAGAGGCGGAUAUAGCAGGGAUUAUUCGCAAGUACGCUGUAUCUGUGUUUCUGAGAGCCGGUGAUGUGCGCACAGCUCUAGAGUAUUUCGCAGUGGCUGCUGAUGUGAUUGCAGGGGGAGGGGGCGCGGGGCGGGGAGGAGGAGGCGCAACGAAGGAGCAGAGGAGGAGGAGAGCGACUGUUAUGGAGGCGACUGUUAGAGAGGUGCUACGGAGCAAGAGGGGGAUUGAGGAGCUGCUGGGGAGUGGGGGAGGGGUGGGGGGAGCGGACGGGGGGGGAGGAGGGGGAGGGGCGGGGAGAGGGGGCGGGUCGCUGGCGCGGUUUGUGGGGGAUGAGGCGGCGCAGAGACAGGUGGUGCUGGGAGCAGCGAAGGACUGUCAAGACAUGGGGCAGGAUGAAGAGGCCAUACACCUGUACCGGUGGGCGCGUGCACCUGCCGCUGCUCUGCUCCUCGUGAACGAUCGCUUCUCCCAGGCGUUGGCAGCGGUGGCGGCAGCAGCAGGGGCGGGCAGCACGGACAGUGCGGCUGUGAGGGCAGCAUCAGGGCAUGCGGCGCUGGGGAAUCAGAUCAUUGGGGAGGCGCCCCCUGCUGCCACUGCUGCUGCCGCCGGCACUGCUGCUGCUGCCCUGCCUGCAGGGGCGAGUUUCCCCGACCGUUCAUCGCUCGCAGAGCAGCAGGUGGCAUUCCGGCAGCUGGAGUCAAUCUUCCACUUCUACCUCGAUUAUGCCGCCUCACGCCUGCCCUCCGCACUGCAGCACCUCUCCGGCCUCCCCUUCCUGCCCUUUGCCGGCCGCUCACCUGUUGCCUGCGCCGCCGUGCUGCCGAGCCUGCACCGAGCCGUGGAGGACCGGCUGCCGAAGCUGCUGGAGGACGUGCUGUCGUGCCUGGACCGGCUUCCCGAUGCUGACCCGAACGUGCGGGCACUGAGGAAUAAUGUGCUGAAUCUGGUGGCAGGAACACUUCACCGCAACUGGCCCCAGCAUAUCUAUGAGCUUGCAGCGCGCAUGCACUCUGUGCCCUUAUCAGCAUAA